GUUUUCCGUCGACGACAGAAGGAUCAGAAGUGCGAUUCGGAGCCGCUGAUGGGGAACUACCGCGACGAGCCCGAGGUCGAAAAGGCCCUCCUGGAGGCCUUUGAGAAAGAGGAGGCGGAGGGACGGAUGCUUGGAUUCAUGUCACAGGUUCUGGUCUGGAUGAGGCCUUUCUUGGCGCCAGGCUAUGCAUGGCUUGCGGUGGUCAAGAAAGGUCUGAUUGACAAAGAUUAUGGUGAGCUUUUCAGGCUGGGUCGGGAAGAGACUCCCUGGCUCUUCAGGGAAGGACUUGGGAGUUCCUGGGCGAGCACGUCUGCUGAACUGCUCGCUUCCUUGGUUGCCUUGCUGCUUACGACCAAGGUACCGGUGAUGUUCGUUUUGCUGGAACUCUCUUAUCGCUGUGACACUUCGGGCAUCAGAUGCCUCUUGAACUGGAGGCCGGAGACCUCUGCUGUGGCCGGGUCUGCGAGAGCUGUGGGCCUUGCGGCUCCGAGAAGCGCAAGGCCUAUUUGCGGCAGUUGGGCCGGCGUUGCCACUCGGCCCGGGACGUCUUCUGCCUGGUUCCAGCUGGGCCGCCUGCCAGAAAGUGCUGUUAGGCAUCCGCCACGCCGCCGCGGAAAUGAGAGCUGUGCGGCGGCCGUCUCUGGAAGCCUGCCGCUUCUCAGCGGUGCCUUUGUGGUGAAGGAACCAAGCCUAUCGAAGUUUGAGCUUUACACGAAGGCCAUCCAUGCAUGGCAUGUCUGCACUGAAAUGCUCGGCUCGGCCUUCUGGGAGUUUCAGUUGAGCGGCUCAGAUUGGCCAAUACGGUGCACGAAGUUUCGGCAUCGUGUCUUCCAAGAGGAAACCUUGCACGUCUUUCUAUGUGCCCCAAGCCCUUCACCGUACACCGGGGUCCUUGGGUCAAGCACCGCUUGUGUAACCGUCGAGGCUCUAUUAAAGGAGGCUUUGCCAGUGACGCUUGACUACACAAAGCAGUUGAAUGGUGCGGUGAUGGACCAGGAAAGUCCCAAAGGCACGGCCAAGUCUGUGUUGGGGGGGUGGGACAGACACAAAGAGGUCGUUGAGAUGCUGGUGUCCUUGAAGCAGCGUGCGGUGGAGCAUGAACUGACCAGAGAGACACCGAAGCUCCGGGCGGCUGUUUGCAUCGCGGGCCUCGCCCGCAGCUUCCACUUGCCUCGGGUGCACGAAUCCAUCGCGAACGCCAUCAGGAGCCUGAAAGCUGAGACACAGAUUUUCUACGUGCUGGACCUGCAGGGGCGACCUCUAGAAGAGUUCGAUCAAGGCUUCACAGCCUUGCCUCCGGACGGCAUGGUGCUUUAUGAUGAGGUGCGCGGAACUGGUCUCAGGCUGCCGCAGUGUCAUUGGGCAGCAGCAAAGUACGCUCAUAAGCAGUUCGAGAAGUUUCACAGCUGUCAGCAUCUCAUCACAGCGGCCGAGAAGGCACAGCGGAGACGUUUCGACUGGGUGCUGCGGUUGCGUCCAGACUUCGAGUGGCUGGCACCAAUAGGAAACCUCAGGGAGUUCACCACCGAAAAGGUGCACAUUGUGCUGCACUGGAUCCACCCAAAUAAGUUUCACGACACAACCGACUACUUCGCUCUUCUCCCACGCAAGUACAUGAAGGCUUAUUUCAGCGUGGGCUGCCCGUCACGAAGAUGGACCCGCAUCGCAGCCUUGGAGGACCUGUGCCGCGGCCUCAUCUGUAACCAGUCAGAUUGCACCGCGCAGCCCGAGUGUGCCUUGCUGCUUCAUCUCCGGGCCCACGGCGUCCCCGUGGAGCCCUUCCCACCCAUCGUGAGAAUCUUGCGGGAGUCCACCUGCCACCCUGGAGACUUGAAGUGUCUCCACGGCUGGGACCUGAAAGCAUUGGAACGGUACCCCGAAGAAUGCUUCUUGUGCCACUUGAUGUGA